AUGUCAGACCUGGAAAAAGCUUUCCGCAGAUUUGCCGUGUAUGGAGAUACAGGUGCCACCGGCAACGACAUGACCGGCAAGAACUUCUCCAAGAUGUUGAAGGAGUGUGAUGUGAUGGACGGGAAGUUUGUGACCAGCACCGAUGUGGACAUUGUCUUCAACAAAGUCAAGGCCAAGGGUGCCCGCAAUAUAAACUUCAUUGAGUUCCAGCAAGCCAUUAAGGAAUUGAGCGGAAAACGCUUCAAAGGGAAGUCCCCUGAGGAGGCUUUGCAGGCCACGUUCAUGUUGAUGGAAGGCAAAGAACCAGCCAACGUGGGAGCAACGAAAUCUAUCACGGCUGGUGCGGUGGAGAGGCUGACAGACACCAGCAAAUACACAGGCUCCCACAAGGAGCGUUUUGAUGAAAGCGGCAAGGGCAAAGGGAUAGCUGGACGGGCAAACCUGGUUGACAACAGCGGCUAUGUUGGUGCCUACAAGGGGGCUGGAACCUAUGACAAGUCCCAUUAG